AUGAAUGUCAUUGAAUCCACCGAUGUAAACACUCCUGUCACGCUGGCUGUUCAAAAUAUGCAGGAUGUGCAAUCAUUAUUGAGUUCGCCAGUUAAAAGAAAUCAAAGGGGACAGUAUGUUGAAAUCCAACAGAAAUUAAAAAUUAUAAAUGUUUAUAAAAUCAAAAUUCAACAAUCUUAUAUGAAGUAUAAAGAUUUAAUGUUAUCAAUAUCCAAAGAAACCGGCUUUGGAUACAACACAGUUUGUAAUACUGAGAUACCGACCUUAAAAAAAUUGAUGCAAGCCCUCAUUGAUGAUACGGACUUUCCAACUAUUUCCAGAACCUCAUUGCAGCUUGUUUUGAAGGAAUUGGGCUUUGAACAUACAAAGUUAAACCAUAAAAGCGCCCUUACUGAGAGAGCAGAUAUAGUGGUACAGCGACAAAAGUACAUUACAGCCAUACGACGUUACAGGAGUGAAGGUAGAACUAUAUAUUUCCUAGGUGAGACGUAUGUGAAUGCAGGUGAGACUUGUAGUAAGGCCUGGAUGGAUAAGACAAUGAAAUCAAAUAGAGAUGCACUGAUUGUUGUGCAUAUAGGCUCAGCAGAGGGUUUCGUCGAGGGUGGUCUACUGUAUUUUAAGUCAAAAAAAAGCACAGCAGACUACCACAAUGAAAUGAACAACACAUUCUAUGACUGGUUUCGCGGAAUUUUGCCCAAAUUAAAAGAUAACUCCGUAAUAGUGAUGGACAAUGCUUCAUACCAUUCGGUCGAAGUGGACCCCAUCCCUACAAUGGCCUGGAAAAAGAACGAAAUUGUAGAAUGGUUAACGUCCAAAGGUUGUGUUAUAGAGACGCCGGUAGUGAAACAUUUAAUCAUGGAAAAAGUAAGAGAUAUUAGGCACCUUCAUCACAAAUAUGUUAUUGACGAAGAAGCAUUAAAAUCAAAUAAAAUGGUAUUGCGUCUGCCAAAUUACCAUUGUGAGCUGAAUCCAAUAGAGUUGGCGUGGGGGGUUGUGAUAGAUCACGUUAGGUAUAAUCAUACAACAUUCACGUUAAAAGCUGUACUAAAAUUACUGAUGGAAGCCGUCAAACCCGUAACAUCAGGCAUGUGGGCCGAUUUUAUCAACCAAACAAUUAAAGAAGAGGAUAAAUUGUACAAUAUAGAUUUUAUUAUUGAAGAUAUGUUAAAACCCACGUAA